AUGGCAGAGCCAAAUGCAGAACAGAUGGAGGAGGUCAUGGCUGCUGGGGACGGUGAUGAGGAGGUCAUUGGCGAGGAUGAGGAGCCCGAGGAGGCUUGGCUUGGCGAUGGCAUGGAGGUCUGCCGCCCGCCAGAUGACGAGGACGAGGCCCUUCAACUGGAUCACCAGCUCGACCAAGGCAAGUUUCACGUCGGCGUCAGCUGGAUCCAUCUGGAUGGUUUGAAGGGCAAGCGUGAACAGUACAACGGCAUGUCCUUCGGGGUUCGAAACCCCGCCAUGGUGAAGGUUCGAAGUGCCCAGAAAAACGAGGAGGGGAAGUAUGUUGCCUUGUGGGUGAAGCGCAUCAACUGCCGCAACACCGUCCACAAGGAUACGGGUGCCUGGAAAGCUACGCCAAACCCUGAAAAGAACACUGGUGCCACCGGAGCCGCGCGGUGGGUGGCGCUGGGACGACCCGAAGUGGAUGCCAUGCAGGGAAAGCUCAAGUUCCAGAAGACGCCUGAGGAGGAGGCAGAGCGCGAAGAGCUUUUCAAGCUGGUGGAUGUCAACCACAAUGGAAUGGUUAGCUUGGCGGAGAUCGACAAGGCGCUUCCUGAAGUCAUGGGAUGCACCGCUCUUUUCAAUGCCAAGCCAGCCAUCAUCCGAGCGUUUCUGGCUGCCACGGGGUUUCGGAAGCACGAGAAGCAUUAUGUCAAGCCGGGUGAGCAGUUCCGCCUGCUGCUACAAUACCUCCACGAGUUCUUCGAGAUGUAUUUGAUCUUCCAGGACAUGGCAGAUGCCGACGAGGAUCGGCGCAUCGACUGCCAGGAGCUGUUGCGCUGCUACUUAGAGUUCUCCAACUUUGUCACCUCCGGCAAAGCCGAGAAAGUUGGCAUCAAGGUGACUCCAGAAAUGCUAGAGGACAAGUGUGGGGAGACGCCCAUGCCGGGCUAUUCCUUGUUCAAUGAGAUUGAUGAGGAUCAGGGGGGUUGCAUUCUCUUCAAGGAGUUCUCCGACUACUGCAUUCGGAUGGGCCUCAAGGAUCCGGACCGUGAGCCCAGACAUGGCGAUUCAUCCAAGCUACGCCAGAUGUUCCAUGGUGCCAAAGACAUGGAUCAAGCCAUGUCAUUGGGGCGUUUUGUCGAGAUCCUGAAGAAGGUCGGCAUCAAGGACUCGGAGAGACUGGCCUGCAACGUUUAUGGCAUCUUCUGCCUGCAAACUCCGAAGCUGUUGGCAGUAAGGAUUGAUGUCAUGAUCAAGGACAAGAACCGUGACUACAAGAUUGAUGUGGAUGAGCCAGCAGCUCAGAGCUGGUGUGGUGUUGUCGGGUUGGUCUUUCCAGCACGUGAGUUGCUGGUCCUGUCAAGUCGGUAUCCAGCUUGCUCCAUGAGUGGAUCCUGUGCACGCGGCCGUCUGAUGGCGGCGCAGCUGAAAGAGAUCGUCGACAGGCUCAAUGCCGCUCCGUUCAACUGUGACUUGUCGCUUGUGGGCUUCGAUGAGAAGGACCCGUUUGAGCUCAUGGAAAUCCUGAAGAAGGUACUGGUGUUCCUGGAUCCGAAGCAUGAUAUUGACCUUCGGGAGGAGAAGCCAGAUGCAAUGUACCAGCGCAUCUCCGAGUUUCUGCACAUCCUCGGAUACCAGUGCUCCUUCGACAUAGAGUUUCAGCAGGGCCUGAGCUUAGGUGACAAGAACACGGUUCAUCCAAUUCUUUACUGGUUGCUCAACAAUCUUGAUGCCUUAAAAAAGCGUGCCUACUUGGCCAAGUUCUGCAUGAACCUUGAGGUGCCGGAGGAAUUCCUGCGAGAAGAGCAGGUGUACUCCGCGUACCAGAAUUAUAAGGAGCUGCAGUCUCAAUUCAAGGCGACGCACUCGCACGUGGAGCAGGAGCGGCAAGGGCGCAUGAACCCAGGCGACUUGCAGCGAGAGGUGGCGCAGCUGGAUGCAGAGCGGGAGCAGCUGGCGCAAAAAAUCCAGCACCUGAAGGCAAAGACCGAGCGCGACGAGGGCUUUGCCACACUGCUGGAGGUCACUUCCAUGCUGCGGAAGGAGCAGGAGGAGGAAGCUCGACUGGCCGAGAAACUAGCCGAGCAGAAGUACCAGCUUGAGCAGACGGAGCAGCUCUACAUCGAGCGUUCGGCUCGACUUCGGGAGAUGCGAGAGGCAGCUCUCCACGAAGGCGAAGGAAGCGCAGAAGUCAUGCUCAAGAUGCUGAGCGCCGAGGUCCUCAAAAGCCGAGAGGCGCUGGCGCGAGUCCGGAAGGAGUCGGAGGAGAAGAUGGAUCGUCUUCGCGAGCUAGACUCUGCCCUCAGCGAGCCUCCAGUGACCAAAAUGGACAUUGACAGCCUUGAGGGCGAGAUCCAAGCGAUGCAAAACGAGAUCCACUCGCUGGAGGAAAAGGUCAACGAGCAAAACCAGGACUCGCGGUUGGCCGUAUACAAGCAGCAGGCGAACCUGGUUGCAAAGAAAAAGGAGGCAGUCCUGAAGGACAAGAAGAUGCUCGAAGACGAGAGGGACAGCUUGAGCAAAGACUUGUCCACAAAGGAGCGAGAAUACGAGCAAAUGAAAGGCCACAAGUUCAUGAAGCGAGAAGACUUCAAGACCUAUGCUGCGUCGUUGAGGGACAAGUCUGCCAAGUUCAAGCUCAAGAAGGCUGAGCUCAGCGAGCUUAGACACGAAGUGGCGGUACUGCAGCGGACGGAGCAGAUCCUGCAGUCGAAAGACCCAACUCCUGCUGGGCUUGUGGAAACAGAGCAGAUGCUUGAGAAGGCAUCUGUCGAGAAAUCUCAGGUAGACAGGGCAAAGGGCAAGACGCUGGAUGAGAUCUCGGCCAUUGUCCAGAAAAUCAACGCCCAGCUCAAAGAAAAGAAGAACAAGUUGGCUCCACAAAUCAAGGCACUUCGCUCGAUUCGUCAGAGCUUCCAGCAAGUGGAGGUGAAGUACUUGGAGAAGAAGGGCCAGUACGACCAGGCAAAAGCAGCCGUCGACACUGACCUUUCGAAAGUUGCAAGCGAUGUUCGGCAGCUUGAGAACGAAGUUCAGGAAGCCGAGCAGAAUUACCACGAGCUGAACAUGCAGCUCUUGACCGCCGAAAGCAAGCUGCAAAGAGCGCAGUGGGAAGCGCGAUGCCUUCGAAGAGAAGAGGGGGCGCGCCACUCACAGGAGUACGCAACUCUGUCUGAUCAGUAUGCGGCAGAGAUCAGCAAGCUGGACGAGCAGUGCAAGGAUCUUCGCAAAGAUCAGAAGGUCGUAAAGGAGUCUCACGAGGAGAACCUGAAGCAAAAAAGAGCUUUUGUGCAGCUAGAGAAGCUGAUACAGAUCAAGCUCAAGGUGUCCAUGCAGGAGUUGCAGAAUAUGGCCGAGGGCAGGUAUGGAGGCAUGGGUGCUUCAAGGACUGUUAUGGAUGCUUCGACCGCUGGCGUGGAGCGGCUCGUCAUCGAAUGA